AAGGAGAGGACUCUUCGGCGAGAGGAAGGGAAGAGAGGCAGUUAGGAAGCUGCCCAGGGCUCAGGAGAGACCUUUUAUUGCUGUCACACCGCUCAGAGAAAAAAGACAGAUAGAGGAGAGAGAAGAGAAACAGAAACAGAGAGGAAAUGAGAGAAGGAUAAACAGAGAGAGAGAGGAAAGAAGAGAGAAAGCGAAAGAAAAACGAGAAAGAGAGUGAAGCAUAGAGACAAAGAGAGAAAUAGAACUUUAGCUUUGUGUGUGCUCUUUUCCUUUCAUGUCUUUCACUCUGCAUGAGCAUGUUUCCACUCUCCCUCUCCUGUAAUCCUUCUCUGCUGACCGUUUCCAACUGUAUUUCUCUCUCCUUGCUGCUCUGCCCCACUCUUCCUUUCUGCUGCUUUGCCUGUUGAGUGCUUCCUCCUCUCUCUCUCUCUCUUUCUGUCUCUGUGUCUUGCUCUCGGCUCAGAGUGGGAGUGCGGGAGAGUGGGAGAGCACCGGGAUCAGUGGCGUUCGGUCAGAGGCAGGCAGGAUUCAGGAGUCUGACAGGAGGCUAAGGGAAACACUGGAGAGAGAGAGAGAGAGAGAGAGAGAGAGAGAGAGAGAGAGAGAGAGAGAGAGAGAGAGAGAGAGAGAGAGAGAGAGAGGUUGACUUUAGAGAAAAAAAGUGGAGUGGAGUGGAGUGGUGAGUUGGUUGGCUUUAUUAUCGGAGGAAGGCUGGGAGACGAACGAAGGAGUGCUUAUCUGUACACACUGGCAACAGGAUGAGUGGGUGAGGGAGGGAGGGAGAGAGAGAGAGAGAGAGAGAGAGAGAGAGAGAGAGAGAGAGAGAGAGAGAGAGAGAGAGAGAGAGAGAGGGAGAGAGAAUAUAGAGCAAGUGAACAGCUCAUCCAUCCUAGUAGUGACAUGAAGGGGGGAACCUGACUUUAGCCCUCCUGUGCUGUGACUGGGGAUAAACCUCAGAGGGAAAAAAAAGCCGGACGGAGAAAGAGAGGGAUAUAUUUCUGAAGAGUCAGAAAGAGAAAAUCGAGGAAACAAGAAGGAGAGAAAAGAGUAAGAAGGAGUUCACAGUUUUCUCCUCUUUUUUGAGCGCGGGAGAGAGCGUGAGGCAAGGGUUCGUAACACUGGAGCUCAAGGACAAACCAUGGACUCUGUACACUAUCUACAACGCCUGGACGUCCACCAUGUUCCCUGCUAGCCUCCUGGUGCUCCUGAUGAUCCUGCUGCUACCUCACGCCUCGUCGGGUCGCCAGGGGCAGGGGGAUGUUGACUGGCCUCCACUGCAGCUAGAACCUUCAUCAUCAUCAUCAUCAUCAUCAUCAUCAUCAUCACCAUCAUCCUCAUCAUCAGCCUCAUCAUUGCCUGAGGAAGACGAUUCAUCGCCACCACCUCCACCUCCAUCGCCAUCGCUGGCCCAGACCAUCCAGAACCUGCUCCUCAGCCGCCUGGGCCUGCAGUCACGCCCGGACCCCCGGCCCGGAGGCACCGCUGCCGUGCCCCAGUACCUGCUGGACCUGUACCGCUUCCACUCGCAGCAGUACCACCUGAUCCAGGACCCGCACUUCAGCUACCCUAGCCAGCAUGUGCAGGGCGCCAACACCGUGCGCAGCUUCCAGCACACAGAUACCAGAGACCCUGAGCAGGACUCCUCCUCCAAUGAGGCAGCAGAACGGGUCUUCAUCUCCUUCAACGUGUCGUCCAUCCCCGAAGACGAGAGCAUCGUGUCAGCUGAGCUGCGCUUCCUGCGCGGGCCCCUGGGCGCGGGCCCCAACGAGGGCCCCCACACCGUCAGCCUGUACCUCUCCAGGGGCCACGACGACCCCCGGCCCCGCCUGCUGGAGUCCCGCCGGGUGACUCGGCCGGAUGCCCUCACCUCUCACCGCACAGCAUUAUGGGAAACCUUCACCCUGGCCAGCGAGCUGUUUGGCCAGAGGGAUCUCCAGGAGUGGCCCGAGAGUUUGACCUUUCUGCUGGAGGUUGCCGCAGAGGAUGAUGGUCCUGCUGCUGGUGGUGGCCAUGACUCCAGGAAGGUCCUGGAGGAGAACAGUGGACAGUCUGGGGAGAACAAGGGUGAUGCAGGCAGGCAGAGCCGCCUGAGGGUGAGGAGAGAGGCCGGGCAGGAUGAGAGCAGCUGGGCUCACCAGCGGCCCCUGCUGGUGACGUAUAGUCACGACGGCCGAGGGCAGCCGCUGAUCCCUCGCAGCAAGCGGAUUCCCCCGGUAGGAGGACGGGGGUCAAAGAGAGGAGCAGGGAGGAAGGGACGCGAGGGCAAAGGUGGAGGGCGUGGUGGUGGUGACAGGGAGCGCGAACGCAGUUCAGACAGAGGUCGAGACCGCAACCGAGACCGAGAGCGCACUCGCGACCGAGACUCGCACCUCGAUUCUGGCUCGCCGGAGUCCUCGGACUGGCGUGGUCACGGCGCUGGCGGCGGCGACAGCUGGUGGUCGUCGGACCGCGGCCGCGUCAAGCGCAACAACGGCCGGCGCGCCGCCAAGCUGAAGCACAUGGCGCGCGCCCGCUGCCGGCGCCACCCGCUCUACGUGGACUUCAAGGACGUGGGCUGGAACAAGUGGAUCGUGGCGCCCAGCGGCUACGACGCCUUCUUCUGCCUGGGCGAGUGCCGCUUCCCGCUGGCCGACCACAUGAACUCCUCCAGCCACGCCAUGGUGCAGACGCUGGUCAACUCGGUCAACGGCGCCGUGCCCAAGGCCUGCUGCGUACCCACCGACCUCAGCCCCAUCGCCAUGCUCUACCUGGACCAGCAUGAGCGUGUGGUGCUCAAGAACUACCAGGACAUGGUGGUGGAGGGCUGCGGCUGCCGGUAGCCUGCUGGUGAUAUGGACGAAAAGAUAAUAGCAAAGGAUGAAAGGAACUGAGAGAGAGAGAGACACUGAGAGAGAGACACUGAGAGAGAGAGAGACACUGAGAGAGAGAGACACUGAGAGAGAGAGACACUGAGAGAGAGAGAGAGGGAGAGAGAGAGAUGGUGAGAUUUAAGAGGCUGGGUGGUUAAAAGCUACCAGGACAUGGUGGUGGAGGAUGGCAGGGGGCACGAUAGACAAAAGGAUAAAAAGGAUGGAAGGAGCUGAGAAAUAGAGAGAGAGAGAGGGAUGGAAUAUGGUCGUGGAAGGCUAUGGCUUCUGGUAGAGCGAGAGACCAAGGAUGAAAAAAGGGGAAAAACUUGGAGAGAGUUGGAGGAGGGAGGAUGAAAAAUGGAAGGAAGGAGCAAAUGAACAAGUGGAGUGGAGUGGAAGGAGAGAAUGAGCAAACAAUGGCGGAGAGCCAGUGACGGAGAAGAGGAUGGGGCAGAGGAAUACAUGGAAAAAGGAGACAAGGCAAUGAGUGGAUCGGAUGGAAUUAUGACAAGGAGCUGAAUAAGACUGAGAUUUGGAUUUACCAGAGUAUAGAGGUGACCAAGUGGAAAAAGUGAGCUUCCUGAAAACACAUGUAAUGCCCAGAGAAGGGGAGGCAGUGUGCAGAAGAAAGACACCUGCAGUUAUCAUCGAGGGACCAAACUUCCAUGGACAAUGUGAACAGUGACCAAGUCUUCUCAUAAUGCCUCACCCAAUGAGACUUGUCUCAGUUUUCAUCCUGGAAACCAAUAAACACAGCUCACCCUCUCUCCCCUACCCCUCUCCUAAUCUCUUUUGCUCUUUCUCUUCUUUUAUUCCACCUCUCUGACUCUCUAGCCUUUCUCCUGCCAUCCAUCCAUCCAUCAUUCGCCUGGAUAAAAGUCCAUCAAUGGCCUGUACUGUGUGUGUUUGUGUGGUGAGAUCCGUGUUUACAUUGCCUUGUAUAGCGUCCUCCACUGCCACUGCCCAACUCCCUUUCUGGCUACAGCCCCCCCCCCCCCAACCUUCCUCUGGCACCAGCAAUCUCAGCUAGGCUAUUCAGUCGUCUCCUCGGAGAUUCCAUGGCGGUUUGAAUGCUUAUUACCGCUGCAACCCAGGGCCUUAACUGGAAAAGAAGAGAGAAAGACACAUAAACAUGAAAACAACAAUAACAAAAAACAAAAUGGCUGCUGAUGACCAGUGUGGAAACUAUCUGCCUGCCUGCAGGACAGUUUACUGCGUUGCUACGGCAGCGAAAUGCAAGCGUUGAAGAAAAAAAAGACUGAGAGGAAGAACAACGAUGACAGCAAAUAUAAACAAAACAACGACAAAACAAACAAAUAAAAUCUGUCAGCUGCAAGCUUUAUGUUAUUCGAUAUUUAAAACCACAACAAUAAUACUGGGAACAGUCUAGGCUGUUGUUUAAGUGUACAGUUGCUUAUUGUUAUUAUUUAAAGAUAACGUUUUUUUCUGUUGUUGAUGAUGAUGUAAUCUUUUGCAGUCAAAGAAUUCACAUUGCUUAUAGAAAAAAAAUAUCAAGAUAAAUACUUAAAAGUGGUCCUAAGAGUAAAUCUAAUUUAAAAGUCUUUACAAAUUCAUUUAUGUAGCCUAUUUAUAUAGCAAAUAAUGGUGUAUGUACUCCUGUAUUGAAGAUGUCUGUCUCUCCGAGCCUUACAGAUGUGCACAGCUUGGCUUCAUCUUUGCAACUCUGUCAGUAUCGCAACACACACCCAACUCAAACAUGGAGUCGUAAUGACUUCAACACUCAUGUUAUCCUCUGAUGAUGUACCACUAGUAUGCAUGUAUGCAUACACGAUUUCAUCUAGUUUGAGACUGCCAGUAUUGUGUGUCUGUGGGAACUAUUAAGCUAUAAGGCAACUCAUACAAUGCAACAGCAUCACACGCAGCUCUAGUGGUUGACUUGUAGCUUCUGAGAGUGUUAAAACAACUCAAUUCUGAGGCAUUUUCAUGUUCACAUAACACAAAAAGCGUGACGUUGAAGAAAUAAAAAAAACAACAACAGUCGCUGACUUGACCGUCAUUUGAGAUAUUUUGGUGGUAUGUCAUCAACAGCUUGUCAGAAAGAGGCAAUAUAAACCAGUCUAUAAAAAGUCGAUACAGUUGACGUUGUCUAAACAUUUGUGUGAUGUGUAAUAAACUAAUCAAGCAAG